GUAUGGAUGUGAAUGGUGGAGAAAGCUUUGUACUAGAAUCAAUGUAAACAUGUUGCAGAAUCAUUCAAAAAGUGGCUGAAAGGAGUAAGAAACAAGUACUCUUGCCUGUCAGGAGAAAACAAAAGAAAACAUGGGAAAUACAACUACCAAAUUUCGUAAAGCACUCAUCAAUGGUGAUGAAAACCUGGCAUGCCAAAUAUAUGAAAACAACCCUCAGCUAAAAGACUCCCUUGAUCCAAACACUUCUUAUGGAGAGCCCUACCAGCACAAUACUCCACUGCACUAUGCUGCUAGACAUGGAAUGAAUAGAAUAUUAGGGACUUUUCUUUUUGGUAGAGAUGGAAAUCCAAAUAAACGGAAUAUACACAAUGAAACAUCUAUGCAUUUAUUGUGUAUGGGACCUCAAAUUAUGAUAUCUGAAGGAGCCCUACAUCCUCGCUUUGCACGACCUGCAGAAGAUGAUUUUAGAAGAGCAGAUUGUCUGCAGAUGAUCUUAAGGUGGAAAGGAGCAAAACUUGAUCAAGGCGAAUAUGAGAGAGCAGCUAUUGAUGCUGUUGAUAAUAAAAAGAACACACCCCUACACUAUGCUGCUGCCUCAGGAAUGAAAGCCUGUGUAGAGCUUUUAGUAAAACAUGGUGGAGACUUGUUUGCUGAGAAUGAAAACAAAGAUACGCCUUGUGAUUGUGCUGAAAAGCAACAACACAAAGAUUUGGCCCUCAAUCUGGAAUCUCAGAUGGUAUUCUCAAGAGAUCCUGAAGCUGAAGAAAUAGAAGCUGAAUAUGCUGCUUUAGACAAACGAGAGCCUUAUGAAGGAUUAAGACCUCAGGAUCUUCGUAAAUUGAAAGAUAUGCUUAUUGUGGAAACUGCAGACAUGCUUCAGGCUCCAUUAUUUACUGCUGAAGCUUUACUUCGAGCUCAUGACUGGGACAGAGAGAAAUUACUUGAAGCCUGGAUGUCCAACCCAGAAAACUGUUGCCAACGAUCAGGUGUUCAGAUGCCAACUCCUCCACCAAGUGGAUAUAAUGCCUGGGACACACUUCCUUCUCCAAGGACUCCAAGGACUACACGCUCCUCAGUCACUUCUCCAGAUGAAAUAAGUUUAUCUCCUGGAGAUUUGGAAACCAGUUUGUGUGAUAUUUGUAUGUGCAGUAUUUCUGUAUUUGAAGAUCCAGUGGAUAUGCCCUGUGGACAUGACUUUUGUAGAGGAUGUUGGGAGUCAUUUUUGAAUCUGAAAAUUCAAGAAGGUGAAGCUCACAACAUUUUCUGCCCUGCAUAUGACUGCUUCCAACUUGUGCCUGUGGAUAUCAUAGAAAGUGUAGUUUCUAAGGAGAUGGAUAAACGAUACUUGCAGUUUGACAUUAAAGCUUUUGUUGAAAAUAAUCCUGCCAUUAAAUGGUGUCCUACUCCAGGAUGUGAAAGAGCCGUCAGACUAACCAAACAAAGUUCAAACACAUCUGGGUCUGAUACACUCAGCUUUCCCUUACUCAGAGCUCCUGCUGUAGACUGUGGAAAAGGACACCUCUUCUGCUGGGAGUGCCUUGGUGAAGCACAUGAACCUUGUGACUGCCAAACAUGGAAAAAUUGGCUACAAAAAAUAACUGAAAUGAAACCAGAAGAACUUGUGGGAGUUAGUGAAGCUUAUGAGGAUGCUGCCAAUUGUCUCUGGUUGUUAACUAACUCCAAGCCUUGUGCUAACUGUAAAUCUCCAAUACAGAAGAAUGAAGGAUGCAAUCAUAUGCAGUGUGCUAAGUGCAAGUAUGAUUUUUGCUGGAUAUGUUUAGAAGAAUGGAAAAAACAUAGUUCUUCUACUGGAGGUUAUUAUAGAUGUACUCGCUAUGAAGUCAUUCAGCAUGUGGAAGAACAAUCCAAGGAAAUGACUGUGGAGGCUGAGAAGAAACAUAAACGAUUCCAAGAACUUGACAGAUUUAUGCACUAUUACACAAGAUUCAAAAACCAUGAGCAUAGUUAUCAGUUAGAACAACGCCUUCUUAAAACAGCCAAAGAAAAGAUGGAACAAUUGAGUAGAGCUCUCAAAGAAACUGAAGGAGGCUGUCCAGAUACCACUUUUAUUGAAGAUGCGGUUCAUGUGCUCUUAAAAACUCGACGCAUUCUCAAGUGUUCUUAUCCAUAUGGAUUUUUCUUAGAACCUAAAAGCACAAAGAAAGAAAUAUUUGAACUCAUGCAAACAGACCUUGAAAUGGUCACUGAGGACCUUGCCCAAAAAGUCAAUAGGCCUUACCUUCGCACACCCCGCCACAAGAUCAUCAAGGCGGCAUGCCUCGUUCAACAGAAGAGACAAGAAUUCCUGGCAUCUGUGGCAAGAGGAGUUGCUCCUGCAGACUCACCAGAGGUUCCAAGGCGCAGCUUUGCUGGUGGAACAUGGGAUUGGGAAUAUUUAGGAUUUGCAUCACCUGAGGUAAUUGUUUUAUGGGAGUUUUGUUUUGUAUUUAAUUGUAUUUUUCUUUAGUGCAAAUUCUGUUUG